UUUGUAAAUAUCAUCUAUAUUCAAAUUCCUAUAAGUAUUAUAUAGUGAUCACGACGACAUCUUCAUAGCGUCUACGAGUUUGAUAUUGUGUUCAUCAUGGCUUCGACGGAAUCUUUGGUGUGCGAAACACUCGACUUGAGUGGUCAAGGUUUGAAAAAGAUUCCUCGUUGCCCGUCGGAUGCGGAUAUCAGCACAUUGAUCAUAGACGAUAAUGAGCUUCAGCGUCUUGAUAAUCUUGAUUCUUACCACAGAAUUACCAAGCUUUCAAUAGUGAGGAAUCAAUUGUUACGUAUGUAUGGGGUGUCAAAGUUACAUAAUCUUGUGACUCUUAAUUUAGCAAAUAAUGGUAUACUGACCAUAGAAGGCAUAAAGGAUAUGAUAAACUUACAAACACUUUGCCUAGCUGGCAAUAAUAUAAAGUCCAUUGAACACCUGCAUACAAACACUAAGUUGGAACAUUUAGAUUUAUCUGAAAAUAGCAUCAGUCACAUCUCGGAUAUAUCUUAUUUGAGAAAUUUAAAGGAGCUCUUUCUACAUAACAAUCGCAUAAUAACACUAAGGCAAUGCGAACGUUAUUUACCUACCUCCUUGGAAACAUUUACAUUGGCAAAUAAUAACAUUACUGACCUGAAUGAAAUGUCGCAUUUAGCUAAUUUAAAAAACGUAAUAAAUUUUUCCAUUGCUAAUAAUCCAUGUGUCAGUAUGACAGGUAACACUUAUAGUGGUUUUGACUAUCGACCUUUCGUUAUCAAUUGGUGUAUGAGCUUGAAAUCAAUUGAUGGCUAUCCUGUUGAUCCUAUCGAAAGUUUAAAGGCAGAGUGGCUGUAUUCCCAGGGUCGCGGUAGACAGUUCCGUGUUGGCGAACAUGCACUGCUUGCGCAAUAUUUAGCGUCUGUCUGCCCUCUUUCCGGUGAAUCUCUAGAAAAUGAGACCGACAGGAAGCUUAGGCUGAUUUUAAGUAAGGCACAACAUCAUCAACAGCAAUUAAAUCAACAAAGUGAUGCUGGAAGCGUGCACAGCUUAAGUAGCGUCGGAAUGACUCCUUCUCCAGCUACUAGGCGUAGACUUAGUCAUAACAGGACAAGUUCUCCUAGACGUGCCAUUGCGCCAAUGUUGACAUACUAUGAAGACAAAUGCUUACAGUCACCAAAAUUUUAUGAAGCAAAAUACUGUGUGUGCCAUUCGCCUUGUAAAGGUACAGCAAGGAACCCGCUGAGAGUAAGAUCGCCAGAUAGGAUGAUAGUAAGUUGCCAUCCCGAUGCUAUGGUUUCUUCAUGCCAUACUCUACUAAACGAAGAUCAGGAAUCAUUGAUGACACAAAGUUUGGAUCCAACUAUGCUCUCUGGUACUUUAAACAAUAAAGCAUCGAACGUUGUUGUUUCAUAUGAUACAGAAGAAACAUCUAGUCCUUUACAAGCAGCAACAAAAUUAGUACCAGUUCCAGAAUCUUUAAUGAGCCCAGAUUUUCGACCACCGUCUGGUCUAUCUCGAGUUUUGGCAAAGACUCCACCGAGUAAACUGUCUUCGCCGUGUCAAAUUACAAUGCCAAGUAAACCUGUUUCAUCUGAUGGGGAUGGUAAAGCUAUCCCAAUAAUAAAUACGGUGAAUCCAAUGGCGAAAACAAAUCUUGCCGCUAUAAAGGCAAACGCACUUGUAAAAAGUAAUUCAGCCUCAAAUUGCGCAGUUGGGAAACCAAGUAUCGCUAAACCUAUUAUUACAAACGCUAGUAAUAAAUGUCCCCAUAGUGUUAAAAUCAAUAAUUACGUUCAAAGUAAAACAUUGCCUAUGAAACGAAGUACAAAAAAUUCGCCAAACUUAGGCAGAAAUAUAUCGAGGCCAAAAAGUGCGAAUGAUAAACUGAAGAGCAAUGUCAAAAGAGCAGAUGGAGACGCAGAUAACGCUAUUCAAAGUAGCGACGAAGAUAGCGAAGUAUGCCAAGCGAAAUUAGAUGGUAUUCGCCAUAGAGCUAUUCAAAGAAGACAGGAAGAUAAUAAAGCAGAUCAAGAUGAAGCUGAAAAAGCAGCAAUAUGUAUACAAAGGAUGUGGAGGGGCUAUCAUACUAGAAAUCUUAAUAAAAAAGCAACCACUAUAUUGAAGACUAUCGAAAUGAUGAGAACGAACAAGUACAUCCAAAAAUUGUCUACUGAUAUGGAGGCUACCAGAACUGCAUUAGAGAGUGAACAUAAAUUGCAAUUAUUACAAAUGCAAGCAAUUAAUGCACUAUGGAAAAAAGUUGUCAGCCUCCAACCCAGCGCCAACCGCGAUUCUGCAGGGAACGAUACAGAAAACCUAAGUCAUAACGUAGACGUUGUAACCAACCUGGCACAAACAUGUAAUUUGUUGCACACUCAGGUUCAACAACUGCAAGAUUCCAUGUCGGAAAUAAAACGAUGCAUGUCGAGUAUGCAACCGAAACCCCAUCUUGUCGAUAAUGGUGUUGCGACUCAAACGGAGAUAUCAGCUGUUCAUACACCAGCCGGUGAAGAAAAUACGUUUCCUUACGCGCGACCACACAGACCUCAAACCUUACCGAUUCAUCAAACUAUUCACGAAGGAAACGAAAACAAAAGCUUCGCGUCUAACUUAAUUGACAGUGUGUUAAAAAAAGUGUCUCAAUCCACUGACACGACGGACGACGAGGUCAACACUGAUAUAUUAAACUCUAACGAGAAUCCUGAAUUAAUUAAUUCGAGCGAACAUCCUGAUAUGUUCAAAAGCUGCGAAGAGAUUAUAGAACCUGAAUUCAACGAUGUGGCGGAGGAAGAUACGAAAGACAGUUACGAUGUAAUAGAUAAUACUGUUUUAAACGGUGAAGUUUGCGAAGAAACAUUGUGCAAAGAGUUACAUCAUUUAAUUGAAACAGAAAAUACGACAGAAAGUUGCUCGAACGUAGAAAAGGAAGACGGUUCAGAGGAAAUGGAAAAGGAAUAACUUUAAUCUGGGAAGACAGACGACGACGAAGGUGCAAAGUCAGAAGUCACAGUAAGGAAUAAAUAUAAAUUUCAAUGGAUAGCUCGACUCAUAAAAUACGGGAAAAGUAUACAUACACGUCACGUCGCUGAGUUGAUUCAUUAAAUAUCGUACAUCGUGGUCAUUUAAGCAGUUUGAAAUUUUUCCGUCCACAUAUCUGGUUUUUGAAAAGUUCAUCAAUGUACAAAGAGUGUAUUUAACAGCUCUAUACGACUUGCACAAAGCUUUCCUCCUAUAAAACGGCUACAAUAAAAGAACCACUGUACAGGAAGCAUACAUUUGGUGCCAUAAAUUUCAUUGUUAGUCGUCGAUCCUCAGAUUGAAGUGUGUACUAAGAAUAUAAAAAAGGAUUUUGAUAUAUGAAUACAUUCCUCGUUAACGGCAGAAAGUUUGUAAGUUCCGGUAAGAAAAUGUCGGCAGUCAUUAUUUUUAUGUAUUUAUUUUCUUAUUUAUUUAUUUAUUUAUUUAUUGACAACUCCAAACCCGAGAAGAAAAUUAUAUUUAAAGUGUAGUUCGUAACGAGUACAUUUUUAAUCUAGUCAUCGCAGAAACUCCCAUGUGUAAUUGCUGUAGAUAUUAACUUGUAUAGAUAUACAGUGCUAUUAAGAUAAAAUCUUUCAAGGAAAUAAAUAAUUGUUAUAAAGAUGCAUGUUUUUGUUUAUAACGUAAAAAAACUGCAAUAAUUUUUUUAUUUUAUUUGCGUAUAUCGCUCGUGUUUUACCACUUGUAAUUUUUUUUUAUAGAUCGAUUAGUUGUAGGGUUCUAUUGAAAUCAUAUCUUAAUGUUUAUUUUAUGUAACAUGUUUCUGAUAUAAUAUACAAAACAGUGAUGCUCAGAAUUGUUAAAAACUUAAUGUAGGUGUCGAAUAAACAAGUCAUACAUACGAUGAACAUUUGUAUACAACAGUAGUUAUGAUUUGUAUUAAAAUAUUUUCAACACUC